AAAUUAAUAAAACCUAUAAAUACCUUAACCCUACCCUAGACCAGAUAACUCAAAAACCUGAUACCCCUACUUGUGCUAGGCUUUGGACAUUGUUCAACGAAAAUCCAGUACACCCAACAAUUUACAAAGAAUCAGCCCUCGCUUUUGCUUUUCCAAGUCCCAACCCCUAAGAUGAAGGUAAGAUUCCUUGCUUUGUUCCUACUCAUUUCAGGCAUUCAAGCCAUAUCAACCUCAGAAGGUAAAGGCCUAAUCCAGAGCAAUGGACAAGCACAAGAACUUCUUGGGAAGUUAUAUGGAAGCAUAGAAGAGUCAAUAAGGUUGAACGACAAAGUUGAGGAAACUAAAGACGGGUACAAAGAAGAAAUACUUAAUACUACAAGAAAAGCACAAGGUGGAGGAAGUUCAGGAGGCACAGGAAGUAGAGGAAAGACAGGAGCUGGUGGCACUGCUGAUGUUAAUCGCCGGCCACGUCAAAGUUCUGCACCAUCAGAGCCUCUCUUUUGGGUCUCAAUAUUUAAUCCAUUUGUAAGCUUGGCUUUAGUCAUAUUGUUUCCCUUCCACUUGGUUUGAUGUAAUCCAUGGUUACCAUAUGUUUCUCUUGUUUAAUCAUUAAUGCCUCUAAAUAGUGGCAACUUAUUUUUCAAUAUAUAUUUUGAGUGCCUCCGUUACGUUACUAUGAACGUCUUUGCUUGUAGAUCAGUUUGUGUGUCCUCCUUUUGAAUACUCAUAUGUUGUCAUCCAUCAUAUCAAUGAAUGAAUGUUUGAACCGUUGCCUGUUA